AUGGCGUCGCUGCGCUCCUGGGGCGCGGGCGCAGCAGCAGCAGCAGGGGGAGCAGGAGGAGCAUCCGCGAGUCAAGACGGCGGCGGGUUCUCCUCUCCGCUCGGCGCCCGCGCCAAGCCACCCUCGCCCGCGCCUGAAUUUAACUUCCACACACCCUCACCCUCGCACCACCGCGCACCCUCCCCCGGCGGACAGCAACAGCAGAACGGGUAUCCCUCUAGCACUCCGCAGACUUCCCCGCUUCCGCCACCGCCGUCCGCCUCCAUGCCCGGACUCUCCUCCCCGUUCCCCUCCUCCGCCGCCGCCGCGAGCGCAUUAGCUUCCGCAGUAGGCGGCGCUUCCGCGAGCCCGUGGGGAAGCAUGGUGGUGGGCGCGAACGGGCAGCCGCAGCGGUGGCUGGACGCCGCUGGAGUCCUGACCGACGUGGAGGAAGCGGGGAGGUUCUUAUCGGAUCUGCUCGCAGAUGACGUGGCAGCAUCCGCAGCAGGACACGUGGCAGCGUCAGGGCAUUUAGCGGCGGGCGCGGGCGCGGGGGCGGGGGCUGGGUCAGGGGGCGGGGCUUUGGGUUUACCGGACCUGCAGGAGGAUCUCGAGGCCGGCCGGCUGUCUGCUUUCCAGCCGUAUUCGAGCCCGCCGCUGGAGUGGCCGGCGGCAGUGGAGCAGGUGGGGUUCGAGGAGCUGCCUGCGGAGCUGAUCGCGCGCUACAACGCGGCGGGCGGCCAGGGCUCCGCGCUCUGCGGACUCUUCCCCGCUGCGCGGCUGGCCUGGGCCACUGUCAACAACACGCUCUUUCUUUGGCGCCUGGGAAACAGGGACGGGAAGUGUGUGCAGUUCACGUGGGAGCAGCACGCCAUCUGUGCGGUGGGGCUGGUGAAGCCGCGCCCGUCCGUGUUCAUCCACGCCAUCCAGCACCUGCUCGUGCUCGCCACGCCCUUCGAGAUUCUUUUGCUCGGCCUCUGCUCCCGAGGAAGCCCCUCCCUCCUGUCCCGCGGGGCUACUUCUGCAGCAGCAGCGCCAUCGCCCAGCCUGCAAGACACAUCCUUCUUCAACACCCCUCCUCCCUCCACCUCCUCCUUAUCAUCAGCAGCAGCAGCAGGAGGGGAGGGAGAGGCGGGGGCAGGGACAGGCGCAGGCGCACAGGGGCAGGGGCAGGGGCAGGGGCAGGGGCAGGCGCCUUUAGACGAGAUAGUCCUGCAGCCGCUGCCUGAUUACGUGGUGAGCAGCGACAACGUGGCCAUGACGUGCGUGGCAGGCACGCCAUGUGGGAGGAUCUUCCUGGGCGGGCAGGACGGGCAUGUGUACGAGAUGGUGUAUAGCUCAGGGUCGGGGUGGCAGCGCCGCUGCCGCAAGCUGUGCCUCACCAACUCAAUCACGGCCAUGAUCUCCAAGCUGGUGGUUCCCUCAGUGUUCCGCUUCUCAUCAGCCAGCCCAGUGGCAGAGCUACAGGUGGACGCGGACCGGGCCAUUCUGUACGCGCGCACGCUCGACUCGCGCCUUCUCGCCUUUGACCUCGGCGCCGACGGCCAGCAGCCCGCACGCAAGGUGGCCGAGACCUCCCACGUGGGGUCCCUGCGCGAGUACUACCGCGAAGCUGGCGCUGCUGGUGGGUUUGGAGGGGGAGGCUUUUUUGGUGGUGGUGGGCAAGGGGUUGGCGGAGGAGCAGGAGGAGGAGGAGGAGGGAGAGGAGGGGGAGGACGGGUAGUGCCAGCAAAGGCGUCUGUUGUGUCUCUUGCGCCCACGUCUGUUGCCGAGUCUCGCUCCAUUCAUCUUGUAGCUGUUCUAUCCGACGGCCGCCGUGUGUUCCUCUCAACGUCCCACACGCCCUCGCACUACCACAUCCCCCGCCCUCUCCCUCCCCCUGGCCACUCCACUCCCACCGCCUCCUCUGCCGCGUCUCACCACACCCACAAGCACCCGCGGCCUUCCCAGCUCAAAGUUGUUUCUGCCCGGGCUGCCCCUCCUCGUGGGCUCCCAAUCUCUGCCGCUGGAUCGCCGGCCGCGGCAGCAGCAGCCGCGGCAGCAGCUGCAGCAGCAGCGAGCGUGGCAGGGUACGGGUCUCCCCCAGGCGCUGCUGGCUUUUCAGGGGCACCUGGGUGGGGGACAGCGGGGAGAGGCACGGGACUGGGGGGGUUUUACGAUGCGACAGGAUCAGGGCGGUAUGGCGCAGGCAUUGCUGGUGGGGGGGGGGUUCCAGGGUCUGCAGGAGGAGGGCUUGCAGGUAUGGGCGCGGCAGUGGGGCUGGGAGGGCUGGGCGGCUUUGGAGGGCUGACGUUUGGUGCGGAGCAGGCUCUCAUGCUCCGGGUGGAAGCUGCCGUGUGCCAUGCCGGCCAGCUCUCCCUCUCUGAUGCCUCGCCUCCCCUGGGAUCCAUGGCUGCUGCUGCAGUGGCCCCUCCCACUGCCUCGCAGCUUGUUAUCUGCCUCAGGGAUCUCACCAUUCCUCCCUGGUCUCCGGGAUUGUAUGCUACUUCUGCUGCUCAGCAGCAACAGCAGCAGCAGCAGCAGCAGCAGCAGCAGCAGCAGCAGCAGCAGCAGCAGAGGGCAUUCGGGUUUGGCACGCCUGGAGCAGCACCAGGAGGCCUGGGCUCAGCCGCCAGCCCUUUUGCACCCCACGCAGCACCACCAAUGGGGGCAACAGGUGCCGCAGGUGGUGCAUACGCAUCACCAUCGGCGCAUCCCCCUCGCGGUUUACGGGAAACCGUGUCCAUCGUGCCCCUGGAGGGCCGUGUGCUCGCAAUGGCCGAACUCCUCCCCCCUCUCCUCCUCACUGCCGCCUUUGACGUCGCCUCAGCUCCUGUCCUGGGCGCUCUCCCCUCUGCUGCUCUCACUGCUUCCUUCCCCGGUGCCCUCACUGCCUCUUCUGCGGCUGCAAAUGGCUUCCUCCCGCCUGAUUCUCCUUUUUCGGGGGCAGCAGGGCGAGGAGGUGGGGCGGGGGCGGGCGCAGGAGGCGAAGGGGGAGGGACGCUGGGCUGGCUACUCUCCGGAUCGCCAGAGAGAGCGCAGGGAGGGGGAGGGGGAGGGGGCGGAGGGUGGGGAGGAUGGUUUGGAAUGCCUGGGAAGGGAGGAGCAGGAAAGGGGGGGUCUGCAGGGGACGGAAGCAGCAUGGGUGGCUUGCGGCUGAAGGAAGGAGGCGGGGAGGAGGAGCAGUUGGUGCGAGCGCGGCGGCUGUGGGCGCGGGGAAUCCUGGCAACUCAACACAUGCUGCCGCGGCGGUCCCUUGUACUGCUAACUACCGUUGGGCUGGUGAAUUUCGCAGUGAACCGCCCUGUGGAUGUGCUCCGGCGCCUGCUGGAGCGGAACGCGCCGCGAGCAGCGGUGGAGAGCUUUUUUGUGCGGUACGGCAGCGCGGAGGCUGCUGCCAUGUGCCUGCUGCUGGCGGCGGGGAUCAGCCCGUGGAAGGAAGGCGCAGUGGCGGGCGAUGGGGAGGAGAGUUCUGGGAGAGACAUGAUGGAUGGGGAGGAUGGCGGUGGUGGUUCUGGUCGGUGGGGCACUGGAGGAGGGGGAGGAGGAGCAGGAAGAGGGGAGAGGCGACGUGGCAGGGUGGCGGGCGGGUGGGAUGGGGGGAUAGGAGGUGGUGACGGGAGGGGGAGAGCGGGGGUUGGUGGAAUGGGGAGCGGGGGAGCAGGGAUGGGAGGGGGAGUGUCAGGGAGUGCGUCAGCUGUGUCUGUGCUGGUGGCAGAGAGAGCAGCUCAGCUGCUAGACGACCCUCGCUUUGUGGGCCUCCCUUCUCUUCAAUCCCUUCCCUACGGCACUCCUCCUCCUCCUCCUCCUGCUGCUGCUCCGGGUGUUGCUCCCGGCUCUGCAGCAGGAGUGGCAGGUGCAGCAGGAGGGGCGUAUGGAGCAGCAGCAGGGCCAGCAGGGGCGGGAGCUUGGGCUCGGCCCUAUGCCCCUUCCACACCCGCUGCCCCCGGCACCCCUGCUGCUGCUGGCAGUUAUGGUACAGCAGGGGCAGCAGCUCCCGGCUGGGCUGGGUUUGCAGGGAGGAUGGGGAUGGGGGCAGGGUGGGGUAACGCAGCAGGAGCAGCAGGAGCUGCAGGAGGAGCAGAAGUGCAGGUGGUAUAUUCCGGCGCGUUCCAAGGGCUCUCGUUAUGUGUGGCUCGGCUGCUGGGGCCUAUAUGGGACCUGCCUGUCCUCUCGUCUCCCUCGGGCUCUACUGCCGGUGCCGUUGCCGCUGCGGCUGCUGCUGCUGCUGGUCACUCAGCAGGUGGUGGUGCUGCAGGGGCGUCUGGUGGUGGCAAUGCCAGUGGUGCAUCUGCUGCCCUCUACUGCAGGUCUAUUCCCCCUCUCAUUUCCCCCACGUGUCACCCCUUCCCCUCUUCCCGCGCGCCCCUGUCCAAUUUUCACCCCAUCUCGUCUGCCUGCCGUGCCAGCCUACCAUCGGAGGUGCUAUUGCUAUAUGAGACCAAGACGCGCCUGCUGGAAGCCUUUCUGCGCUCGCGCAGGGACCACCGCCGCGGCCUCUACGCACGUGUGCUGGGCGCUGGCCUCCUUCCCGCCCUCCCCUCCUCCUCCUCCGCGCCCUCUGCUGCUGGCGCAGGGGGAGCAGGAGGAGGAGGGGGACAGGCGGGAGGGGGGGUUGCGUGGCAUGGGACUGGGGAGCAGGAGAGGGGGCGUGCGGGGAGGGAGAGGGGGGCCGGGUUCGGAGGAGGGGGAGCUGGAGGGGGAGGGGCAGGGAUGGGUGGGUACCCAGAGGUGGGAUCUGAGGGAGGGUGGAUGUCUGAAGCGAUGGACGCGGAGGGGGCGUUUUCCAAGAGGCAGAGGCUGGCUCCCACUGCCGCCCAGCUGGCCGCCCACGAGGUGCGGGCCACAGAGGGCCUGCGGCGGCUACUGCGGCGCACGGCGGAGGCGCUGAGGCUGCUGCACGUGCUGUCGCAGCACCACGUGAUGCGCCUCGUGCACGCGCUGCACCCCUCGUGGCACGCACUGCUCGCCUCCCUCACCCUGCACCACCUCGUCUGCUCGCCCGCGGGCGACUCCGCGGCGUCCCAGCUCAUUGCCGCUCUGCUGCAGUACUACACGACUCCCAGUGCGCGCGGGUCGAUGGAGGACAUGUGUGCGCGGCUGCGCACGGACUGCCCGUCAUUCUUCUCGGACGCGGAUCAGACCUUCUUUGCUGCCGUGCAGUGCCUCGAGUCCGCGCGCCAGGCUGCUGCCGCCGGGGACGCUGCCACGCGCACGCGCCUCGCCAGGGAGGCCAUGGCGCUGCUCGCCCGCGUGCCCGAGACCGCUGAUCUGCUGUCCGUGUGCCAGCGCUUUGAAGACAUUGGGUUCUACCAGGCGGUGGUGGAUCUGCCUCUGCGCAAGGCACGCGCGUUGGACCCCAACAACGACGCCACCAAUGCCCGCCUCGACCCGGCGGUCAGAGCAGCUGCCAUGCAGGCGCGGCAGCAAUGCUAUGAUGUGGUGGUGGCGGCAGUGCGCACGCUCAGCGGCCAGACCAUAGGGGCCGGCGUGGCAGCUCGCCCGCAGUUCGGCGUGCCCCGCCCACUGGGAGCAGCGGCGCUGACAGAGGAGGAGAGGGAGCAGCAGCUGGUGGCGGUGGUGCGGCAGGCGGUGGCAUGGGACGAUGCGCUCUUCCACCGCCGCCUCUACGCCGCACUCGUGGCGCUGGGGCUGGACUCGCUGCUCAUCUCCCUCUCCGCGCCUGAUGUUGAGGACUUCCUUCGCACGGCUGGCUCUGACGUGGAGCCUCCUGACGAGCAGCUGCAUGUGCGGUAUCUGUCGGUGCUGGCACGGUACUACAUAGAGCGGCGGCAGCAUGAGCUGGCAGCGCAUGUGCUGCUGCGCCUUGCGGAGAGGCAGCAGGUGGACGGCGCCCAGCCAGGCCACCCGGGCUUCCUGUCUCUCGAGGAACGGUGCAACCUGCUGAGUGCGGCUGUGCUGCAAGCAGCAGCCAUCAGCAGCAGCGGGGGCACGGGAGCAGCAGGGGGUGGGGCAGGCGCAAGGGGCAUGGGGGGGCGCGCAGCAGCAGGGGGCGGAGGCGAGAAGGAGGUGGCGCGGCUGCAGACGGUGCUCAAAGACAAGCUGGCGGUGCUGCAGUUCCAGAUCCGCAUUCGCGACCACCUGCUCGCUGUUGCCACCAGGUUUGACGGCCAACCUUCACCACAGCACGACGCAGCAGCAGCAGCAGCAGCUGCAACAGGGGGUGCUGGUGCAAUGGAAGAAGGGGGAGACGGGGCAGCAGGUGCAGCAGGAGGGAACGGGGUGGGGGAGAUGGAGGUGCGGCGGCGAGCGGAGGUGGCAGCAGCAGAGCUGCAGAGGGAAGUGCGGAGCAUAACAGACCUGUACAACGACUAUGCCGUGCCGUUCCAGCUCUGGGAGGUCUGCCUGGAGAUUCUCCGCUUCUCCAGCUAUGCAAGCGACGGCAGCAACGGUGUGGAGCGAGCCAUGUGGCGCAAUCUCAUAGAGCAGGGCCUGCAGCAGGGCGGCAUUGCAGAGGCGUGUGAGCGAGUGCAGAGGGUGGGCUCCUCGCUCUCCAUGCGUGGUGCUGCUAGCGGCGCUGGUGCUGGUGCCGGCGGUGGUGGCGGCGGUGGUUCUGGAGGCAGUGGGGGCAGUCUUCCUCUCGAGUUCCUCUGCCUGCUGCUGGAGCAAGCAGCACAGGACCUGGAGGCAAGAGGCGAGUCCUCUCACGACGAGAUCCCUCGUGCCCUCAUCUCCGCUUGCGGCGGCGCAUACGAGCCCGUCGCAGCAGCAUACUCGCAGCUGCUCUCGCGCGCUGCCGGCCCACUCUGCCAGCCAUCCCUCCGCCUGCGCCUGCUGCUCUCAGUCCUCGCUGUUCUCAAGAAGUGGGCUGCAGCGCUUGUCGAUGCGGACGGGGGGCUAGGUGGGGAUGGUGGUGGGCGGGGGAAAGCGGGCGGCGUGGACGGGAGUGAGUUCAUGGCUAUGGAUGGGCCGCGCAUGGGCGACGGGAUGAGCGCACGCGCCUCCAGAGCCGUGCUUGUCAGCGCUUGCAGCCGGUACAUGGGGGAGGUGCGGCGGCUACCGCUGCCCCAGGACACAGCGGAGCAGCUCAUAGCAGAGCUGCGCCAGGUGGAGGCAGCAGUGCAGCGCCCCCUGCCCUUCUUCGGCUGA